CGGUUCGAUGGUAUUGUGACCACUAGAAACGAACUUGACGCCAUAUAUACUUUCAAGCACAUUCAGGGUCUUCCAUGGAACGCCCACGAUGUUGCGCGUGGUGCUCGGCCAGCGUCGGAUGGCCCUAAAGCUGCCCCAUACUGCUCCAGACUGACGACGCCGCACUGGACCUAUCGGCCUGUAAGCGGAGCUUUCAUGAUUGGUCAAUGGCUGCAGUCGUUCCUGGAGAAGCAGAGCGCGGCAUCGUCGGAAGGCGCUGAGAUCUUUGAAGUUGUGUCUUCUGGAAGCUUGAGGGGUCCUGUCAGCAUGGUCACAUGCAGCCGCUCGGCAGAACGUCAUUGUCCUUCGUCAUUGCGAGAUCCCUCGAUGAUCCAAGGCGCCCAAGACAUCGUUAAGGCCUGCUUCUUUGUCACCUUGCGCACUCGUACGUUUCAUCGCGACCAUCGUGACCAUCUUCCCAGCUUCCCCACACUCGGCACUCUCAUUCAAAACGUGCUGCACCUCAGAUCGCUAGCCUCCCAGCGCACAGCCCCUACUGCGACCCAUUCACUCACAACGUACUCCAGUUUGAGCCGCAUAUACCCAGCUGCAGUCGCUCUUAAACUAACGACACUCCAAACAAUUAUUUUGCGUGACAGCAACAAUUCUCCACUCCAUCUCGCCUGAGUCUGGCGCUGUCUCGGUCGUGCCAUGUAUGCCGGUAUCGGUUGUGGUGAGCAGCC